AUGAGUGAAGAGAUAUCUGUCCCGCUUACGUAGUUUUGUUUACUAACAAAUGAUUUUUUCCUCAUUUUUCUUUGAAUUUUCUCAUUAAAAUCUGCUUAAUCCUAGAAAAGUUAUUCACUCAAAUUAAGAGGAAAUUCUAUGAAUACCUAAUAUCUUAAAAUAAAGUUUUUCAAUUAGCUGUCCAUGUAUCCGAAGGAAAUGACACACACAUGAAGUCAGAUCUUGGAUUAGUUCACAUGAAAAUUCAAGAGCUUGUUCAAACUCUCGUUCGAUAUAAAGAUGAACCCAGAGAAAAAACACGAUCUGAAUAUCUCGAUGAACUUGUGGACAAUAUCAUCAUUUAUUAUGAGUACAAUCGAGACCUCGCAGCCUACCUCGCAUCAUUUUUCCCACCAGCUGAACUUGUCGAAUUCUUAGAAGCAAACCAAACUCCACGUCCUAUGGUAAUCCGCACAAAUACAUUGAAAACUAAGCGAAGGGAGCUUGCCCAAUCACUGAUACAAAAAGGUGUAAAUCUUGACCCAGUAGGCGAAUGAAGCAAGGUUGGACUGAAAAUUAUCGAAAGUCAAGUCCCGAUAGGAGCAACUACUAAUUCCCUUAUUUGCUAUCGAAUAAAUCGUUGAAAAAUCUUUAUUUUUGAAAAAACUCAUCCCUUGAUAAUCUUUUUUAAUAUAAAUUUUGGGUAUAAAUAUAUUUUAAUGCGUAAUUAAUGAUUAUAGAAAGAAAUUCCAAGCAAAUUGUAAUAAAUUUAAACAGCUAUUUUUCCAGGAUAUAAAUUUAUAAAUAAAUUAGAUUUUAUUUCAAUGCAAAUUUUAAAAUUAAAAUAUAGUAAAUGGGUAUACAUAUUACUCACUAAUCAAGAGUAGGGAGUGAGUAUUUGGCUGGACAUUAUAUGCUUCAGUCAGCUAGCUCAUUUCUGCCUGUGAUGGCUUUGGCACCUAAGCCAGGUGAAAGAAUACUGGAUAUGUGUGCUGCUCCAGGAGGAAAAACCACACACAUUGGCCAGCUAAUGAAAAACACAGGCGUUUUGGUUGCUAAUGAGAUGAAUAAGGACAGACUUAUAUCAAUUAAAGGGAAUGUCCACAGGUUGGGUAUAACCAACUGUAUUAUCACAAACUAUGACGGAAGAAAAAUUGGAAAAGUUUUAAACGGAUUUGACAGAGUCUUAUUAGACGCCCCAUGCUCUGGGCUUGGAGUUAUAUGGAAAGACCAAUCAGUAAAAGCAAUGAGGACAACUGAUUAGAUUAGAUUAAAAUUAUAGGGGGUCGUCGGGGUUUAUUUCAGCCCCUCUCCGUCCAACGGAUAGCUUCGCGUUGGCGCUAAGCGCUAUCCUCACACCACCUUUUCCCCCACUGAUGUCACCCUAAAAUGGUGACGUCAGAGGUCUGUCGGGGAGAAAACCCUACCGUUCGGCCGAGCCUUUCUUGGUCCCAAAAUUCAGCUAAAAGACUCCCUUAACCUCUGACAGGGCUCAGAGUACGGGUGAACCGUCUUUUGCCUACUCCAUGGCCUGUCAGAACCAUAUCGCAGGUUCAAGAUUGCUCCCCAUGGAGUAGCAUCGGGACUUUGCGCCGAUAGGGACUUCUGCAGGUAAGGAAAAAAGAUCUAAGGUUAUCCCUUAGACCAAAAACCCACCCCGAAAACUAUCGCCAUGUGGUUCGCCUUUCCUGGCCCGGAUCAACUCACGGGUUGUCAGGAGUCCACGUCAGAUCACGCCAUUUUGAUAAUUCUGAGGACAACUGAAGAUAUCAAGAAAAAUUCCCAUAUACAAAAAGAGCUAUUAUUAGAAGCAAUUGAUGUAGUAAAUGCUAGAUCCAGCACAGGAGGAUAUAUUGUGUAUUCAACUUGUUCAAUUUCUAUCGAAGAAAAUGAAGAAGUCAUCAGCUAUGCCUUGAAAAAUCGACAUGUAAAAAUUGUUGAUACUGGGCUAACUAUUGGAGAACCUGGGCUUCCAAAAUUCAAAGGAAAAAUAUUCCACCCAUCAAUGACCAAAUGUAAGAGAAUUUAUCCUCACGUUUACAACAUGGAAGGGUUCUUUGUAUGCAAGCUAAAGAAAUAUGAUAAUGAAAUACCACAAGAAGCUAGCAAGCCGCAUAGCGGAGAAAAAAGAGAAAAAGCAAAAAAGCAAAAGACAGAGGACAGUGAUAUGGAGAUAGAGGAGGAAAAAGUAGAAAUUGAAGAGGAAAAUGAACAAUGGAGUCAAGAGAAGAAGCAAAAAGAAAAAGACAAAAAAGAUGCAAAGAGGAAAAAGCUGAUGGAAAAUACAUAUGAGAAUGAAGAGUUAGAAAAUCUGGUACAUGAUCUUAAAGAAAAGAGUAAGAAAGAAAAAAGAAAUAAAAAAGAGAAAAAAGAUAAAAAGCAUGAAAAAGAGGUAAAAGAAGAGAAAUCAGAUAAACAGAGCUUUGGGGAUCUAGAUAUUAAUAUUGGAGACAAAAAUGCUGAAAAGAAAUCAAAGAAGAACAAAAACGAAGCAAAAGAAAUCAAAAAACCAAAAGAGGAGGAGCUAUCAAAGCCAAAAGGAAAAAAAUCUGUUGAAAAAGAACAAGAAAUUUCAGAUGAAGAGGUAAUUGAAAAGAAAAAAACAAAGAAAGGAAAAGCUAAAGCCGAAAAAACACAUGAAGUGGAAGAAGAUAAUGAAAAUGAAGAAUCCCUUCCUGUUAAAAAUAUACAUUAAAUGGCGACACGUGCCAACCUGCCCUCUUGGCGCAGCAGUCCUACGGCGAACUGGGACGGACUCCGAGCUGAGAAUCUAGUGUAGGCUCAAGAAGUCUGUAUCCGGUAGGUUUGGCUGCUUUCCUGUGGUUGAAAAUGGAGGUGCUCAAAAAGAGUCCUUUGGAUCCGAGGACCCAUGGGCAUUCCUCUACCGAGAAACUGGGGGUUUCGGCCCAGGCCACAGGAGAACAGUCUUUUCCCUGCAGUUGUCGAAAAAAGGCACUUCGAUACCCGAUAGACUCCAAGGAUCCUUGGAAUCAAGCUACUCCAAUUGCCCGUAGCAGAGUCGCAGAAAUUCAUAAGCUGCCCACUCAAGGCUGAAGCCUCAAGGCAAGGAGGAGACAGAAGGUACCAGAAGGGCACUCGCAAGAGGGAUAGACCCUCUUGGCUGGAGUCGAAAAGCGGUAGAAUCUCCCGUACAGGAGGUCUUUGGUGACUGCGUCACCAAUAUGGCUAGCGCCUGACUUUAAUAAUCUAAUCCCAAUCCCUACCUGUUAAAAGAAAACACAAAGAAGACUCAUCAAAACUUAAAAAGAAGAGAAAGUCUGAAGAUAGUUAA